UAUUUAUGAACCAGAAUAAGAGAGAGAAAAUCUACGUGACAUUUGAUAAUUUUUAUAUAUUAUUAUAUAAAUUAAGGUUUCUUUCUCGCACCCGUAUGAGUCCGUUCGUAAAUUCAGAAGCACACCCCCACCGUUGCCGCUCGUGUUUCGUUCUCCCCGCCUCUCAAUCCUCUAUCUCCCCUUUCAAAACCCUAAUUCAACCAAAAUUGAAAAGCCCUUACUGGAUUAUCACCUUUGAUUCUCGUGUUGGUCGGCCAUGGCUGGAGCUCCCAGAGACCAGGCGCUCUCCCUUCUCGCCGCCGCCAACAACCACGGGGAUCUGGCGGUGAAGAUGUCUUCUCUGAAGCAGGCCAAGGACAUUCUCAUUUCCGUGGACCCUUCUUUGGCCACCGAGCUUUUCCCCUACUUGGCCGAGCUCCAGUCCUCCCCCGAAAGCCUCGUCCGCAAAUUGCUCAUAGAGGUGAUUGAAGAGAUUGGUUUGAAAGCGAUGGAGCUUUCCUCUGUGCUUAUGCCGGUGUUAUUGGCGCUUUUGAGUGAUGGCGAGUCUAUUGUUGCGAGGCAAUGUAUUAUUAGUGGCACAAAUUUCUUUUCUAGGGUUCUCGAAGAAUUGGCACUGCAGUAUCACCGUCGGGGUAAAAUUGAGAGGUGGCUUGAAGAGCUUUGGAUGUGGAUGACUAAGUUCAAGGAUGUUGUCAUUUCCAUUGCAUUGGAGCCUGGUUCUGUUGGGAGAAAGUUGCUGGCUUUGAAAUUGUUGGAAACAUAUGUUUUAUACUUUACAUCUGAUACCAAUGAUUUUGAAAAGCCUGUCACAGAAGCAGCAAGUAGGCGGGCUUUCAACCUAUCUUGGUUGGUUGGUGGUCACCCUAUUUUGGACCCCGUUGUGCUUAUGUCAGAAGCAAACAGAACACUUGGCAUUCUCUUAAAUUUGUUGCUGUCAGCCAGUAGCCUUCCUGGUUCAGUGACGAUAACUGUUAUUAACUGUCUUGCAGCCAUAGCUAGGAAGAGGCCACUCCACUAUAGUUCUGUUCUUUCUGCUCUUCUUGAUUUUGAUCUAAACCUUGAGUCGGUCAAAGGAUGUCAUGCUGCCAGUAUCCAGUAUUCCUUAAGAACUGCUUUUUUGGGAUUCCUAAGGUGUACUCAUCCAACCAUCAUAGAGUCAAGAGAUAGAUUGCUUGGGGCUCUCCGAGCUAUGAAUGCUGGGGAUGCUGCUGAUCAGGUUAUCCGGCAAGUUGAUAAAAUAAUGAAAAACACUGAGCGUGCUUCACGAGAUGCUCGACUGGGCAAGGAUGAUCAAUUAUCAAGCCAGUUGCCCAUAUCAGGUGAUCUGUCGACGAAAAGGUCGUUUCCUCUGGAUAAUGAAGAGCCAGCUAAUGGUCAUGAGGUGGCUUCCAAGCGGUUCCGGUAUGGUCCUGACAUCCAGUCGGCUUUGCCAGUUCAAGUAAUUGAUUCUGUGCAUGAUUCGGUUACUGUUAAUGGACUAUCUCCCGUAUUGCAUCGCCAACUGAGCCCUGUGGAACAGAUGAUUGCCAUGAUUGGUGCUUUGCUUGCGGAAGGCGAAAGAGGUGCUGAAUCACUUGAAAUCCUUAUUUCAAAAGUACAUCCUGAUCUGCUGGCUGAUAUUGUCAUAACAAAUAUGAAGCACUUGCCUAAGACACCUCCACCUUUAACAAGGCUUGGGAACUUGCCAGUAACUCAACAAUUGGGCUCUCUAAAUACUGCUCCUACAAAUUCUGAAGAUCCUCCAGAUGUCAGUGCACGAGCACCUCUUUCUUCAGCUACUGCAACUAGUUCUUCAUUUUCUGAUACACCUCUGGCCAAUAAUCUCUCUGCUGAUUCAAAACGUGAUCUGCGAAGGGAUCCUCGUCGGCUGGAUCCAAGACGUGUAGUUGUCCCUGUUGGGUCCCUUCCAAUCCAAUUGCAGAGGACAUUGGAGCUGUGCAAUCUGAGUUUGACAUUAGUAUUUCUUUGAGUAAACCCAUUUCACUUUCUGUUACUA